GUGCAUGAGCCCUAAUCUUGUAAAACGCCUGUGCCUUUUGUUCCGGUUUUGGGUGGACAAGCAGGGGUAGCUGCUCCGUGUUAAUAAGUUACUGCCGGCUCUGGGUAGGAAUUUGCUGAUGUGUAAUGUAGCGCACCUUACUGCAGGCUUGUACCGAUCGUAGCCCGGUGGAGACGCCAGCAGCGCUACACAAGCAGUGGAGGGCGUUCCAGAUUGGAUUCAAAAGGUUGAUGUUGGGGUCUGGCCAAGGUCUCCAACGAGCAGUCCAGCAUAUCUCUGUCCGCUUCCUGCCCCAGAGAGGUAUUUCUCACUUUCCUCCACUGAGAAUGCGGCUAAUUCAGUUUCGGAGCUCAACGUCGGCAGGGCAGAGGAUCGGAUUAGAGCUGGAUGGAGAAAAAGUCGUGGACCUGAAUGCCUUUGAUUCAUCCCUUCCAUGUGGGAUGAGAGAAUUCCUAGAAGGUGGUGACGCAUCCCUGCAGAUAGCUAGGAGGGCCCUGGAUUCUGGACAGCACAUCCUGAGCCGCUCUCAGCUCUCUAUCUUUUCUCCAAUCACUAAUCCCGAGAAGGUUAUUUGUGUUGGGAUGAACUAUGUUGACCAUUGCCUGGAGCAAAAUGUUCCUGUUCCAAAAGAACCUAUCAUCUUCAGCAAGUUCCCCAGCUCCAUCGUUGGUCCAUAUGACUCCAUUGUCCUUUCUGCAGAAAGUCAGGAGGUGGAUUGGGAAGUUGAACUUGCUUUUGUCAUAGGAAAAAAAGGGAAAAAUAUCAAGGAGCAGGACGCAAUGGAGCAUGUGGCUGGAUUUACUGUGGCUCAUGACGUUAGCGCUCGUGACUGGCAGAUGAAGAAGAAUGGCAAGCAGUGGCUGCUGGGUAAAACAUUUGACACCUUCUGUCCCAUGGGCCCAGCGCUUGUAACUAAAGACUCUAUUUCAGACCCCCACAGCCUUGGAAUUCGCUGCCGUGUGAACGGGAACCUCGUCCAGGAUAGUAACACAAACCAGAUGGUUUUCAAGACAGAAGCUCUCAUUUCCUGGGUCUCCAAAUUUGUCACGUUAAAUCCAGGAGACGUAUUUCUCACUGGGACACCGCCAGGAGUCGGCGUAUUCAGGAAACCACCUGUAUACCUUAAGGCAGGAGAUGUGGUUGAAUGUGAAAUCGAUGAGGUAGGAGUGAUCAGUAACCCUGUGGUGUGAAGAUCUGCACUUACAGAAGAAUGGAUACUGCAGCGUACAACACUCAGAUUUAAUAAUGAGCCAAAUCACACGUUGUGCCGCAGAGACCCCUCGUUCACGCUGCGACAGCUGACAGAAGCCUGUACGAAGCAAAUCUGUUUCACUAAUAGUCCGUUUUUAAACAAUCUAAGUGGGAAACUAAACAAUGUAAUAACACUAACUUUCUAAACAAUGUAAUAACAGCCAAACAUGUUUUAACAAAAUAUUCACUCUCCAGCACUGUGUGGUCUGUUCAGAUGUUCUCCUCCAUGUUCUGGCUGAAUUCUACUCCCAGGACAAGUCUCUGCUGUUCAUCGUCUGUAUAUAAACUGCUGGAUGAAUGACGUCAGUUUCUUGCAGUUUUCCUCCAGUAGAAAGGCCUCUGAGAGGUGGAGAAUUGAUCCGUGGCAGCUCGAUGAACGCUCAAACACCUGCAAAUCCAGAGUUGUGUACACUGUGCCAUUAACUGGUCGCCAAAGUAUGGGUUUUAUAUCGGGUAUAAUCAGCUCGAUGCAUCAUUUACAGGAAAAAGAUGACUUUAUGUUAGAGAAAUGGUCAUCAACAUUAACUUUCUUAGAAGGCAAAGCAAAUCUAGUUUUGGCCCUACAGAGGGUUUUGGAGGAAACCUUCCAGAUCCUACAAUGAUAGUCAAAUAAAUUCACUGAAUCAAAUUGA